UUUUGCCGAAGUCGGUUCUUGGCUGUCGUCGUUAUGUGGAGUGGUUUGUGUCGGUAAAAUUUUGCUACGACUUCAUGUUUUGUGUUUAAAAAACGCCCGUGUUUUGGUGCGCCCGAAUUCCGAGUGGGAAGUUACGUAUCGCCGCCUGCAACCGACCUAUGACACAACGCCAUCGUUAACACGACCGACUUCCCUAGUUUUCAAGAGAUUUUUCCGUAUUUUGCCCACCAUCGAUAUUAAAAUGGAUUGUUCUUGACAUCGGGCCAGAAGUACUGGGACUGGCGGAAUAAGAUGUCUCGUCUCUCUCAGUUUUACACCGUCGAGGUGGGCGACACCAAAUUCACCAUACUGAAGAGGUACCAGAAUCUGAAACCGAUCGGAUCGGGGGCGCAGGGGAUCGUGUGUUGAUUUGGGAAUGCGCUUGAGUGUCUCGAUUUUGUUGGCGUAGUGUGGUUUUCGGUUUGUUUGGCCCUCCCUCAAUGGACUGAGAGCCCUCCACCCACCGCCCAAGCACUCUCCCGCCAUCCUCACCCGUAUUUUCGUUUUUUUUACCCCCCCCCCCCCCCCACAAUGAACAUCCGCGAGGGGUUCGCGCAGCACACGUUCGGCGAUACCGAAUUUUGGGUACCCGCCCAGUACGCCGAGUUGGAACCCAAAGGGGGCGGCGCCCAAGGUCUUGUGUGCGCCGCUGUGGACACGGUGACGGGACAGAACGUGGCAAUAAAAAAGCUGAGCAGGCCGUUCCAGAAUGUGACGCACGCCAAGCGGGCGUACAGGGAGUUCAAGCUGAUGAAGCUGGUGAACCACAAGAACAUCAUCGGUCUUCUGAAUGCGUUCACUCCCCAACGCUCGUUAGAAGACUUCCAGGACGUGUAUCUCGUCAUGGAGCUGAUGGACGCGAACCUCUGCCAAGUCAUCCAGAUGGACCUGGACCACGAGAGGAUGAGCUACCUGCUCUAUCAAAUGCUGUGCGGGAUCAAGCAUUUGCACUCAGCCGGCAUCAUACAUAGGGACCUCAAACCUAGCAAUAUCGUUGUGAAAUCCGACUGUACGUUGAAAAUACUGGAUUUCGGAUUGGCGAGGACGGCCGGUACAACGUUCAUGAUGACGCCGUACGUCGUGACGCGUUACUACAGGGCGCCGGAGGUCAUCCUCGGUAUGGGAUACACCGAGAACGUCGACAUUUGGUCGGUGGGGUGUAUAAUGGGCGAAAUGAUCAGGGGCGGCGUGUUAUUCCCCGGCACCGAUCACAUAGACCAGUGGAACAAAAUAAUCGAACAACUGGGUACCCCGUCGCAACAGUUCAUGGUGAGGCUGCAGCCGACCGUCAGGAACUACGUGGAAAAUCGGCCCAGGUAUCCCGGAUUUUCCUUCGAAAAGCUGUUCCCCGACGUCCUCUUCCCGUCCGACAGCAAUGAACACAACCGGCUCAAGGCCUCGCAAGCGCGAGAUCUUCUUUCCAGGAUGCUGGUGAUCGACCCCCAGAGCAGGAUAUCGGUGGACGACGCCCUCCUUCACCCGUACAUCAACGUUUGGUACGACGAACAAGAGGUGAACGCGCCCGCACCGGGUCCGUACGACCACAGCGUGGACGAACGCGAGCACACGGUAGAGCAGUGGAAAGAACUGAUCUACCAGGAGGUGAUGGAGUACGAGAGCUCGCACGGUCGGGGGGCGUCGGGCAGCUCGCCGCAGCCCAGUCCGGCCGCGCCAAACUCCAACGAGCCAAAUGGUACGGAUCCCAUACGGUAGAACAGGCUAUUAAAUAAGAAGAAGCACAACAUUGUACUAGUCUAAGAGCAACAUACCGAAUAAUCAAGCCGUAACCGUAGCAGAAACCCACAAUAGAGUUCCGAUUGGUGGUGCAGGUGCCGGGAUUGGAAACUGUAACAAAAAAGUAAAACGAGGACAAUAUUGGAGAGAGUGGAUAGGAAAAAAGUAUUGGCGGUGUCGAAGUGAAGUUACGAGUACUUUGAAAAAAAAAAUCACAGACCUAAGAGUGAAAGUAACGGGUACCAAUCUUGUAUUCACUGCAAAAAAAAAACCACCAUAAUCCCCUAAUCAUUACGUGUGAUAAAAUCGUCUCUUUUUUUUACACAUAUAUAUAUAUAUAAAUAUAUAUACACAUUAUAUUUUUUCUAGGUUCCGUGUCAAAAAUUUUGGCAAUAAGUGGUGGGGGCGGCCGAGGCGCGGGAGGGGGCGGGCCGCCACGAUUUGUGCAAUAUGCGAGAGUGGAUUUUUGGCACGGCGACCUUUAUUUAUUUUUUGCGUUUCUCGGUAGUCAGCGGGGCAGCUGGAGGGGGUGGAACGACGAAGGGUCGACUUUUUUUUCCUACCGCCCUCAAUCAUUGUAUUUUUGUUAUUUUUUUUAGCAAUAUUAUCAUUAACUAACCCCCACCCCCCACCCCUCUCAGCGCCAGUCGCGUCGAUCGUAUCGACUCUCUUAGUUUAAAUGUAUUUAUGACGUAAGUAUAGUCGAGUUUUUAACGAGAUAUUAUUAUUAUGAUUUGACGCGGUUGUUUUUAUUUUUGUAGCUCUAAAAGUAAUUACAUUUUAGUGGUAGCGCGUAUAAUAUUUGAAAAUUUUCAAGUUAAAAGUUAAAAUACGUAGUAGAGAACAUUAAAAAAAAAAACAUAAAAAAAAAACAAAAACAAAGAAGAGGCACAAUUUGAAACGAGUUUUGGGCCGUAAUAGUGUAUAUGGGGUGUCGGGUAAUAUUCUAGGCGAAACGAAUUUUAUUGUAUGCAAGACCGGGGCCAGUCGGACAUUAUAUUUGUUUGCUAGAUUAUUCUUCAAUUUUUUUUAACGUUUGAUCUACCAAAACGUUCCGGGUCUACUUGGGCAUCCACGUAUCACAUUAAGUCAACAAUUACAGGCUACGGGGUUACUUGGCAUACGAGGCGUGUUCAAAAAGUAAAGUGACUUAAAUUUUAUCAAAAAAUAUUUAUUUAUUCGUGAAUAUAAAAUGUUGACUCCUUCAAAGUACUUGUUCCGACGUUUUUUCCAAUCCUCGGAGCACUUCUGGUAUAGCCUUGAGUUCUUCCAGCGAUUCGUUCUAAACCUCCUUUCAUGGGUUUGUUGAGUUUUGGGAACAGGAAAAGUCACAGGGCGCCGUAUCCGGCGAAUAUGGUGGCUGGGGCACGAUUCUGGUUUUGUUGUUGGCCAAAAAGUUAGGCACAAGCAACGAUGAGUCAGCAGGUCCAUUAUCGUCAUGCAAAAUCCAAGAAUUGUUUUCCCGAUAAUUCCGGAUUUUUUCUUCGCAAACGGCGCAUAACUUCAGAGUAAAACUCUAGUGACUAAAACUCUAUAACGACUAAAAAAAGAUUUUAUUAUAGCAAGUAGAAGAAUAAAUCACUUGGUACUUAGUAUUUUUCCGAGCAUCUGCUUUUGGAAGUGGUCGCACCUCCUCGGCACUCAAUAUGCUGGCAGGUCGACAUUUUGUAAUCUGCUCACCCAUUGUCAUUUGCAGUGGACUGUUCAGUUAUACAGUACUUUGAUCAUUUAAUUCAGUGUCAUUUAAUCCACUGCCAUUUGAGGUACAUGUCUUUUCGUUCGCUAAAUCCUCAUUUACACUUGUAGGAUCAGGUCUAUCUGUUACAGAGGAAGGUAGAAGGUCAGCAUCAGAGAAAAUGUUUUUUGAAAACAAGCCAUUGUAUUUGUUGGUGUAGUAGCCGAAGAUUGUUUCACAACUCCAGGGAUAUCGUAUACUGACAAUGUUUUGCCUAGAUUAUUGACCAUCCAGGUGUCCAUAGCAAAGUUCCAAUACUUGUUAAGUGGUCCAUAAACGCUCCUAUCUCAGGGCUGCAGCUUAUGCGACUAAUGGGGAGGAAAUGAUGAAACUGUAACCCCAUUCUCUUUAGAAACAUCCAAGGCCAGCACGGAUAAGUGGGAAUCAUGAUUGUCAAGCAGUAAAAUGGUCCCCCUUCAACCAUCCUAAACUUCCAACUUAUUAAAUAAUUUACUAAUAUCAUGAAUGACAGAACAAUGUUCAUACGCUUGGCUUGACCUAAUGAUUAUUACAAGAGUUGUUAACAUUUAGUCAACCAACCCCAUUAGUGAACUAGCCCCGGUCUCCUCUAUCGGCAAAUAUCAAAUUUUAAUCGUCACCUUUUCGACACUUUUCGAUUACACGUAGCCAAAUUAUUUCGACCCAAAAAAUACAAUACUAACCGUUUUUUUCCCGGACACCUUGUAUUUUUUUCUCUAACCCCGCAACUGCAGUGGGCGCUGUGAAAAAUCAAUCCUAUUUUCGGCGUUACCGGUUUGCGGGGUUGCCACGUCCGCGAUUGUUACGGCUCGAGACGAGCUGGCAAACCGUUCAUCCGAUCCAAAAAAAAAAUUAAUAUAAUAAUAAUAAUUAUAAUGAUAAUGAAAUAAACCGAAAUGCAAAACUGUAAAAAGUUAAAGAAUUUAGGUAGUGAAUUUUAGGCGUAAUCGUGAGUUUUUGUUGGAGGCCCUGCGGUAAGUACUGAAAGGUUUGAGGAGGAUGUCCGGAACGCGGGGGUUUUAAGUAGACAAUAGGCAACGCAAUACACCAAAACGUUUAGUUAGAGUGGCGGUUAUGAUAACGCGAUCAUUCAAACGUUGUACCGUUUUAAUCGUUCAAUGAAACACUCGACAACACUGUAAUCUCGUGCUCGAUCGUUUUUCUUUUGUGUAAAAAAAACAUGUUGACUAUGUAAAUACAACACCUUUCCUUUUGUAGUUGAUCCGAGGGAAUCGCCGCGAGGCGUUCGUUUGUUUAUGUAAAUGGCCACCCUAGAGUACUCUUUAGUACUGUAUGUAUUGCUUAUAUUGUUCCGCUUUGUAAAUAAAGUGAACAAGUGAAACCGUUUUUGUUGGAUGAUGAAUUUGUCAUCCCUCCCAAACGUAAUGUCCAUGUUCCCUGUAUAAUAUCGCAUUUUCUUUGAACGAGAUGAGUCCGCGUGACGUAAUGCAACCGCAACUGUCAUCCGAGAAUCAACUCUUCACCAAUAUGGGAAACAGUCAUACGAGACGGUGUUUAUGCCCCUUAUUUAGCUCCGCUCCCCUCAAAUGAUAUAUAAGCAGGUACAACAGGAUGACUGAUGAAGUUCGACUCAGCAAAAACCGACGCAUGAGGAAUCCAGAAGUUUUGUAAAAAGUAUUACAGUAGCCUGCCGAAGUUUCUUUGAAAAAUAUGAGGUUAUGGCAACUUGAGUCAGUGGCGUAUUUAUAGGAACGGAAAAAAUAAAACUUCAAAAACAAAAACCACGAAAACCCAUAAUGUAAAGAGCAAAGAAGGGGAACAAAAACUAGUCAUUGUCGAAAAAAAUAUCCUCCGCCGAGUCUGAUUUAAGCAUAUCGAUAACAACUGGGAGAAUCAAUCAUCAACUUUUCCCUUUCGCAAACCUGUGUGCUUCCAAGCAAUAGUUGUUCCAUUCGAAUACCUCAUCAGAAGUAUUAUUAUUUUACUUGAGCAUGUGCUUCAGAUAUUAC